AUGGCGCUAUCAGAGGCUGAGAAGGCGGCUUUGGAGCCCUUGUUUGUGAAGAUUGACGCUGACGCUGAGAAGAUUGGAGGUGAAGCCAUGGAGAGUCUCUUCCAGCACCAUCCAGACACCAAGUCCCACUUCACUCACAUGGACGUGACCCCCGGCAGUCAGGAUCUGAAGACACAUGGAGGGAAGAUCAUCCACGCCAUUAAUGAUGCCCUCAACCACUAUGGAAAACUGCAGGAGAACUUGGCCACACUGCGGGAGAUGCACACCAACAAGCUGAAGCUCAGUGUGGACACCAUCAAGCUGCUGUGUGGUUGUCUCCUGGAGGUCCUCGUCAAGCAUUUCCCGGAUGUGGACAAGUCGGCCUGUGACAAGUUCCUCAAUGAGGUUGCCGUUGGCCUGAUCUCCAGCUGACCAGAGAAGACCAAGUCCAGCCUGUAUAUCUGUAUAAUAU